AUGACCUCAACGCCGACCUCGACAGUCACUGCCAACGUCGACCCGUCUGAGCCAUCGCAACACUACUGGACUAUGUCCCAAUACCUUGAGAUAUCUCUACCGUUGACGGUAGGAGUCAUCCUGCUUCCUUUGAUAGUGGGCCCCUGGUUCAGAUUAGCAUCGCAGCAAUAUGAGGUCCACCGUCGGCACUGGCGUGCUCUCUUUGUGGUGUUCUGCGCCUGCUAUGUCAUUGGAUUGCUCGCCGUUUACUACUUCAGUCGCUAUUUAGGCUCCCACUUCUAUUUCUUCUACCGCCGCUACCCGCAUAGAAACUGGGGUGUUGCGGGCAUGGACAUGUUUGGUUUCGUAUACAUCAUAACGAGCUAUCCCAUCUCCGGCAUCAUAGGCAUUGUGCGCACGGUGAGUGCCUACAGAAAAGGCGAGGGGCGGUGGAGAUGGUCUCUACAGCUGCUGACGGUUGCGGUCUGCUUGGUUCUGGAAUUUGUGGCUUGGUGGUCGUAUGUGCCAUGGACAAUCGUUCCAUUCCUGUACAUGUUUCUGACGUCGAAGACGGGUGUCAGAUACUUAAAACGGAUAUGGACUUGGUUGAGCUGGAAGUCCAGAAGACAAUCUGCGACUCAGAACUCACCAGGUACAACGGUGUAG